AUGAACAGCAAUCUGAACACACCUCUGCAACGAACCAAUCAGAGAACUAGUAUCUAUUGUUACGGUAUGGUAAUUGGGGCAACGUACAACAAUUGAAAUUCACUUAAUCGCAUUAUAUUUGUAACAAAAUAAAAAAGAAUCUCUUUUGAAAAAUUUAUAUGCUUUUUAAAGUUGCUUUUAAGCAAGUAUUUUGUAUAGAUUUUAUAUUACAAACAGUAUUGUCGGAAGAUAAGCGUUUGACUCGUACGUCGUUGGAUGUCUACAAGUACCCCACCUUGUGAUUCGGUCUAAACUUUGACGAGAUACCUCUAUUGGUAUUGGGGUCUCCGACUCGAUCGUGGCAAGUUGGAUUUACCCCGUUUGUCACUAAGAAAAUUGCCUUGCCCAAUUUACGUUUUAAAUUGAAACAUUUACGUAUUUCUGCCCAUUAGUUUUUUUCAGUGAAACUCAAAAGACAAAAAUUAUAGCGGUAGGCGGGUUGCGAAUUUUCUAAAUAGAGCGUCUCAUUGCUGACAUUUCUUACAUUAGACACGCGACGGCCAGGUAUGGCGUUUUUGAGAACGGUGCCGCGUUGCAGUGCCGGUAAAAAGUUAAGGAAGUGUUUACCACUUCCUAUUGGGUUUCUCGAGAACAUAACGAAGCCAUCGGUGCAGUUAGUGCAGGUGCACGAACGUGAAUACACCGGCACUACUACUGACGUGAAGCCGGCUCCACGGCAGAUUGAUCCUUUGGAUUUGAAGUUUAACGAUCCAAUUGCUGCUUUUAAAAGUAAAACCACGAAAGAACUGCUUCGUGCCUACGUCGUUUAUCAACUAUGUUCGAUCGAAUAUAUUGUCGAGAACAAUAUGAAGUUAAUGAAAUUUGCCAAGCAAAUACUUGGGGAGACACUUUUUACAAAAUUUAUGAGAGCAACUUUUUAUGGCCACUUUGUCGCCGGCGAAGACGAGCAGCAAAUCACUCCUGUCCUAGAUAGGUUACGGCAAUUCGGCGUGAAACCGAUUCUUGAUUAUUCCGUCGAAGAAGAUAUCUCGCAAGAGGAAGCGGAACGACGAGAAAUGCAAGGUUCUGUAUCAGAAGCUGGAGAUGAAAAAAGGGAAGGUCCAUUAAAAAAGUAUCAUGUCGCAAAACCAUUUGCGGAUCGUCGGUAUAAGGUAUCUUCGGCAAGAACAUACUUUUAUCUUAACGAAGCUAAUUGUGAACGAAAUAUGGACAUAUUCAUCAGAUGUCUCGAGUCUGUAGCUGGUGCUUCAAUGGGAGUUGGUUUUACCGCUGUUAAAUUAACUGCUCUUGGCCGUCCACAAUUAUUGCUUCAAUUAUCAGAAGUAAUUAUGCGAGCGCGACAAUAUAUGUCGGAUGUAGUUGGUGGUGAAGGCGCUGUUUUAACUCAUCAUGCUAAGCCAGAUGAUUUUAUGAAAAAAUUUGAGGAAGCACACAUCAAAGAUGAAGAAACAGUACAAAAAUUUUUACAAAAAAUUCAAUCGGAUAAAGAAGGAAAAUUCAUUUUCUUUUAUAGUGUCAUUCAUUUGUUCCCAUGGAGUGGUAUUCUAGAUGAGAACUACGAGCUCAGCGAAACGUUCCAAGUACCAGAUAUUAAAACAGGAAAGAUGGUUAGGCUUAUGUCACAGCUUACGUCCAAAGAAGAGGAAAUGUUCCGAAAUAUGAUAAGACGUCUCAAUAAUAUCGUCACGGUGGCCGAUAAAUUAGACGUACGUAUAAUGAUAGAUGCCGAACAAACGUAUUUCCAACCUGCGAUAUCGCGAUUAACGUUGGAGAUGAUGCGCAAGUACAAUACACGUAAGGCCGUGGUGUUCAAUACGUACCAGACAUACUUGCAAGAGGCUUUUAAUGAAGUGAAAACGGAUCUAGAACAGGCUGAACGUCAGAACUUCUACUUUGGUGCUAAACUCGUUCGAGGCGCGUACAUUGAACAGGAAAGAGCAAGAGCCGCAGCGAUGGGUUAUCCCGAUCCAACAAAUCCUACAUAUGAAGCUACAACUGAUUCUUAUCAUAGAACUUUAAUGGAAUGCUUAAGGCGGAUGAAACAAUACAAAGACAAAGGAGAGGAUCCAAAGAAAAUCGGAAUUAUGGUUGCAUCACAUAAUGAAGAUACAGUACGCUUUGCGAUAGAAAAAAUGAAGGAGAUAGGAAUCUCGCCAGAAGAUAAAGUGAUUUGUUUUGGCCAAUUGUUAGGAAUGUGUGACUACAUAACAUUUCCACUAGGUCAAUCUGGAUAUUCAGCAUAUAAAUAUAUUCCUUAUGGUCCAGUCAAAGAAGUAUUACCAUAUCUUUCUCGGCGUGCACAAGAAAACCGAGGUAUACUUAAAAAAAUUAGGAAAGAGAAACGUCUGUUAUUAACUGAAAUUAUGAGGCGUUUCGCGAGUGGGCAAAUAUUUUACAAACCGAAGGGAAAUUAUACUCCCGUCUGAGCAGCUGGUCGUUUCGUUUGCACAGACAGAUUUUAAGUAUCAAACUUAAGUAGUGAUUGUAAAUUAUUCAAAAGAAAAAAGACUAUGUGGUACGCAGAGCAAAUGCUCGCGCGUGAGAGUGAAUGGAAGAAAUAUGCAGUGUUAUUCAUUAUACAAAAUUGCCUUAGUGUGAAUAUUAUCAAGUGCAAACUGCUCAAUAUCGCACCAUGUGGUAGAACUAUGUUCAUUGCUCGUUAUGUGUAUGUUCAAUAUUAUAUUUGAAUAUGUUUUAUUUAAUGUAUAUUUUUUAAUACUGCUUUUUUUUUACAAAAAAAGAAAAUAAUUGGGGUACUUCGAGAAUUAGUAUAAAAUAAUCUUAUUAGCAAUGAUCUUUAAUAUUGAUCAUUUUUUUAUAAAUUGUUUCUACGAAGUAGCUUUAUAGCUCGAUAUAUUUCUAAUUAUAGAUCGAUAUAUUUCUAAUUAAAAAAAUAUACCUCCUUUGUCUGAAACUUACUAUAUUUUUGUGUUUUAUAUUUUAUUUAAGAAUCUCGUAGUGCGUGCGUGCACGAUUAUUUAUAGCGAAAGUGUUUGAAUAUAUGUUUAUAUACUUUAGUAUUGUUUACAUAUACAUAUAUUAUAUAUAUAUAUUAUAUAUAUAUAUAUAUAUUUCAUCAUUAUAUAUAUAUAUUAUAUAUGUAUAUAUAUGAUUUUUCAUAUGAAAGUAUAAACAAACAUAAAAUUAAAUCGAUAUAGCUCUAUUUAACUAAGUUAAAAUACUCGCGUGGAAUGAACAUUCGCUUCUAGUUUCAUAAUAUUUUGUGCGUAGUUACCAGAAACAGAUAUUACCAAAGUUGCUAGUAUUGGCAAAUUACGAGUCAUAAUGAAUUUCUGUUUAAUCAGAAAUAUUUGCUCAUUAUUCAAAAAAAGAAAAAAAAAAGAAAAAAAAAAGAAAAAGAAAUAAAAGAUAGAAAAAAAUUCUUCCGUAAUUUGUUAAUAAGUAAAUAUUUGGAAAUAUUUGGAAGAACAUUAUUAAAUUUCUGGUAUGGAUGAAUAAUAAUGUAAGAGCCAUUUUUAUUUGUGCAAUUACUACGCAUGUUAAGUAAUGUUGGACUGAACAAUGAUAAACUAUGAAACGGAAUUGAAAGAAAAUAUACACGUAGAGAAUUGCAUUUUAUUUCACUACGUUUCAGCCUAAUAUUGCUUUCUCAAUAGACGAGAUAAUAAUAUUCAUGAAUACAUGAUGCUGUUUCUACAUCUCAUGGCUUAUAUAUUCUUAAUAAUUUUUCUUUUUAAGAAAACUAAAUACCAAGAAAGCUUUAUAAUUUAUAAACAAUAAAUUUUUGUCGAGUUUCAAUUAAUAAAAAUUGUUUUAUAUUUAUUCAAAAAAGAACGUGUCUAUAUAUAUAUACGCUAUAUAUAUAUAUAUAUAUAUAUAUUCACACAAAUUUAAUUUUAUAUUAACACACUUUUUUGUUCUGCAGUAUUUCAUCAUUCAACCAGAAGACUGUUAAGUUUUAUUCGAUAAAAAUAUUAUUUUUAUCGCUAGCAAUGAAAAUAAUUCGACCUAUGGUGAAUAAUUUUCACGUAUAACACUUUGAAUAACACUUCGAUAUUUUCUUAUCAGUAUUUUUUUAUAAAGAUCAGAAUAGUGUGCUUUUGUUUUGCAGGAUUUCUUUUUUACUAAACAUGAAAGUUUAUGUCUGUUGUUAACAGAUCUCUAAUUUUGUAAUAUAUACAAACAUACAUUUUUUUAUGAUCUCUUGUGUUAUUAUAUUUUAUUGUAAUUGCGUUUAGAACGUGUACGCAGUUUGUAUUUCCAAUUAUUUAAAAAAGUAUUAUAUUAUGUAGAACAGUCCACGUUUCUUAAAGAUGUGAUUUUUUUAUUGAGAUUAAGAAAAAUAUCAGAUUAUCAUGUUACAUUUGCAAACCUAAGAGAAAAAUUUAAUCGAUGAAUAAAGGGGCAUUGUUAAAGUUAUACAUGCUAUAGCUAAAUGUUUUUAUGUGGCUAAUGGUAUGCUGAAUGCGAGUGAUUUAGCUAUAAUUCUAUUUGUUACAUCUUAGUGUUCGACUAUUAUGUCAAUACUUUGAUAACUUCUAUAUGUCUCGUGAUGAUGACAAUAAUUUAGGUAGUUAAUGUUACAAAAACUUCUAUGCCAUAAGUAUAAAACUGUAUACCAUGAUGGAUUGAAUUGUCAUCACCAUUGAGGUAGGAUUUAUACAGGGCAAUGACACGAGAUUAAUAAAAAGUGAAUAGAGAAGGAAAAAAACUAAUUAUUAUCCUCGUGCGAUAUUGCAUGGGUCAAUAUAUAAAUAUACAAAAUAACGUUUGCAAGAACGUACAUUUUACUGCCAGAAUAAACUUAUACUUUUUCUUGGCUCGAAUAUGACAAAUACUUACUUGUGUGUGAAUAAUAUAUUUAUAAUGAAAGUAAUGCAAUGCAGUGUAUACCACGUUGUUUUCAACACUGGAUGUUAUUAGUAUCAAUUUAUGUGUAGUUCACAUAAAUGUAAUCUAAAAAUAAUAUUCUCUAUAAUAAUGUUCUUUCGUGAGAUUUACUUUCUUUUAGAGAAAGACUACUAUAUAUACAUAUGUAUAUGUAUAUAUAGAUUAUAAAGAUGACGAAAUGGAAAAUUAAUUGAAACAUGAUCAAUAUAAAAUAAGAUAAUAUUUAUUAUUUCAUGAAAUACAAUUAAUUUAUGCCUUUUCAAUAUCAUUUAUAAAUCCAUGCUUUUAUAUACUAGGACACGAACAUUUUACUUCCAUUUAUUUCUUUUUUUAAAAUAGAAUUGACCAUAAUUAAAUUUAUAAAUUCAGGUCAAAUAUUUAGAAAUAUCUUUUCUUACAUCGAAAUCAAAAUGAGCAAGUUUAUUGCUGAAAAUUUUGAUAUUAGAUACUUCAUUUUGAAAGUGCUGUUUCUUGUCCUAGUUUGUGUAACAAUCAACAAUAUUCUUUUCUUCUUGCAUUUUCCAUCAAAACUUUUCAAAGUUUCUUUUUUUUAUAUCGCUGCUUAUAUAUGAAUCUUAUAAGUAUAUAGUUUAUUAUCAGAUUGCAAAAUAUAUCGAUAUACAUACAAACAUGAUAUUAUAUGAAUUAAUUUUUAUGCUGGUUAUGUUUUGUUUGAAUGCAUUUUAUCAUAUUAAUACAAAUUAUUAUCAGUCAUACAUAUUGGAAAUUAUGGCAACAAGAAGAGUGACUUUGCAUUUGAAAAUUUUUCAUGAAAAAUUUACAAAUAGUCCGGCUAUUUGUAUUUCCCAUUGGUUUUAUCAAUUGGGAAAUAUUUCAUAUAAAUAUCUGUCUGCGCUAUAUAAAUUAUCAUCAAACGUUGUGUUGAUGUUUCAUUUUAUAACAAUUAUUCAAGAUAACAUGUGUUAAUUUGUAUUUAAAGUUCUUUAGUUUACAACUUUUUUAUCUUAAAAUCUGUAAUAAAACAGAACUAUUAUUUAAUAGAAUCAUAUAAGUUAAUUUUUAUACACGAAAAUUUCUAUAAAAAGCGUAAUCAAAUGUAUAUUCAUGAUAUGGUGAAUACAUUGAAAGAUAAUGUCAUAAAAAAUACGAUAAAUGUCGAGAAACUUUGAUGCUUUCCACGUGUUUACACUUAUGUGUUUGGUCGUUAUGUACAGGACAGAAUGGAUUACAUAUGCUAUUUAAAUAAUAAAUAAUAAUACAGAAAAAUAGAAAAAUUAUAUACAUGAACAUAUAGUGAAAAAAAUUUCAUUAACGUUUAUAUUUCUUAUAAUUGUGAAAUAAUUAUUGACUUAGGAUUAUUCGAUUCUUUUUAAAAUUUAUAAUCAUAACGCUUUUAUUGUGUCAAGAUAAAAAUCAAUAUAUAUAUAUAUAUAUGUUGCUUUUUUUG